GUUUGUAGAGAGCUUUAAUGAUAUUGGAAAAGCAGGCACUUUCUCCACCAUCUCUAACUGAUGAUAUGGAAACUUUCAUGUCUUGGGCUGAUGAAAUAAGGAAACUGAAGGUUUUGGCAAAUGCUGACACACCUGAAGACGCAAUAAAAGCUAGACGAAAUGGUGCACAAGGGAUUGGACUUUGCAGGACAGAACACAUGUUUUUUGCUUCAGAUGAGAGGUUAAAGGCUGUAAGAAUGAUGAUCAUGGCUGUUACCCUAGAACAAAGGAAAGCUGCGCUUGAUUUGUUGUUACCUUAUCAAAGAUCAGAUUUUGAAGGAAUUUUUCGUGCAAUGGACGGUCUCCCAGUUACAAUCCGAUUGUUAGAUCCUCCACUUCAUGAAUUUCUUCCUAAAGGUAACUUGGAGCAAAUUUCCAGUGAACUAACUUCUUUGACAGACAUGAAAAAAGAAGAAAUAUCCUCUAGGAUAGAAAAACUCUCAGAAGUUAAUCCCAUGCUUGGUUUUCGCGGCUGCAGGUUGGGAAUAUCAUAUCCAGAAUUGACCGAGAUGCAGGCUCGCGCAAUUUUCCAAGCUGCUGUUUCAGCGAGUAAAGAUGGUAUUGCAGUUCAUCCUGAGAUAAUGGUUCCACUUGUCGGCACACCUCAGGCAUGGUCCUUUAUAUAUAUGCAUUAAAAAGGACCUUACAUUUCAAUGGAAAUAUCUUUUAGGCAUAGAAUCAUAAAACAAACUAAGGAUCAUUUAUCUAAAUGAUGUUAAUAAAGUUAUAUGAGCACGAUCGUUUAGCCAAAGGAAUGGAUUAAGUUAAUUACAACAAAACUAUAUACCUGUGGGUGUGGUUUCAACAAAACUAUGGUGAGGUUUCAAAAAAAAAUUGUAUAGCAGCAAAAUUAUAGUUUGUAGUAUUACAUGAUUGAACUUGUAUAGCAGUAGCAUUAUAGUUUAAUAGCAAUAAAAAAAAAUUGUAUGGCAUAAAAAUUUAUACUAUAAAUUAUAUUACAUGAUUGAACUUGUUGAAUGGUUUUGGCUGUAUUUAAUUUAAGCCCUGAUAGAGUAUUCACAUAGUGGUCUGUAGUGGAUAAAAAGAGGUACCAAUACAUAUGGUCUGUUUGUGAUGCCUAAAAAUUGUACAGGAAGCAAAAAACGAAAAAAAAAAAAAAAAUAUCAAACAUAC